GGGGGGGGAUAAACAUGCUGUGUUGAUGAUAUAUGCAUUCAAUGUACAUGUCACAUAUAGCUGUUGACAAAUGAAUUGGACAAUUGAAAAGGAAACAUGCUCCCACAGUGUGUUCAUGGGUGUGCGUGCAUGGUGCUGACUAGCAGAUCUGAGAUUGCCUUAGGGAUGUUACUCACAACCACAUCCCACAUCCGUCAUGAGUGAGUUGUACGGUGACGUAAGUCAGAUUCUCCAAUGUGUCUGGGCUCAUCCUGAAGCAGAGCACAGGAGGCCAGGGUGAUGAGAUUGCAGCAGUCUCAGGAAACCAAGACAGAUAUCAAACUGCCAGCCGAUUUGUUAUUUUACAAAAUUCAUACUGUUCCUUAUUAAAUAUUUUUUUACACAACAGCAGUAUGAAUAUUGUACUGGCUCUGCAAAGAUUUUUUCAUUCACGCUGAAUGAAGUCUUUUUGCACUUUUGACAUUUCCACACAAAGAAUUCUUUCUCCACAUCACUUGUGUCACAGACAUUAUUGAUGUCUAAAUGAUUAUGAGGUCAUAGUGUUAGUUAACACUGACAAUAGACCCUCUUCUUGUAUAACUUCAGAGUCAGUUUCCCCACAUGACCUCUAAAAGCACUUUAUAACAUGCCCCCAUUUAUAUUUAAUGAGCUGCUCAAAAUAAAACAUGGCUUUGUACAGUCUAUAAGAAAUGCACAUGAGCACAUCUCAGAUCUAUAAUUUACGCCUAUCAGUAACUUUUUCAGCUAUAGACAUUUUCUCUAAAUAUACAAAAAAUUAAUAAGAAUCUUAUUCUCUACUACCUGAUUACUGUGGGGGAAAGUAUCUAACCUUUAAAUAGCUAAGUACAGUAUAGCCUCUAUUAGCUUAAUCUGGUUAAUAUUAUAUUGUGUACACAGAAGUAUAUACACCACUGAAGGUAAACCUGAUAUUAUUGUAGUGUGUGUUGUGUGGCAUGUUUAAACUGGUCGAAGGAAUUUGAUCUUCAUAAAUCCCCAGUCAAAUGAAUGCGAUCAUAAUCCCCAGCUCUGACAAGUGUGAUGCAUAGAUAUGAUGAGCAGACAUAUUCGUCUACUGUUAAUCAUUCUAUUACAAUCACAAUGCUUUUAAGACCUAUAUAUGUAAUUAAAGACCUGUGAGCAAGUUCUCCAUGGAUACACACACAAGCAGAGUGACAAAUGCACUUCCUAUUACACAAGUCCACUGAUCUCAGCUAUAAGAGUAGUCAGGAUUGAUUCAUAAAGCAAUUUCUACUUUAAAACUACAGCCCCCACUGUGCCCUCUCGUUUAUGUCUGGGGAAAAAAAUCAAUGUGACGCAUGAAUUGGACAGUCCCCUGAUUGGCUAACAGACAGAUACACACUAGAAAGAAAGAGAAGGAGAGAAAGGGAGAAGAGAUAGGCAUAAAGGAGAGAGAGCAUCCUGGAGUAUGAUCUACAUCCGGGAGACAGGCGAUGGACUCCAGACUCAGAUGAACUCUAUGAUGGGAGCUUUGCAGGAGCUGAAACUUUUAAAGGUGCAGACUGCUCUGGAACAACUUCAGAUUUCCUGCAAGACCAGUCAGCUUUACCAACACUCUCCUCACAGACCCACAACCUCAGAUACUGCAGUCAGACAUUGUCUGGAUCAUAUUUCAGAACAGCCAAAAAAACAUUUUUUUGCAAGAGAAUCAAGUCAGCCUGACCUAGAAAUGGAAUGCUCUACAUUCCUCACCAGCACACCAUUUGAGAAACAUAGUCUGGUUCCACACCAUGUACCUAGAAGGCAGGAACCUAGAGGAACCCAAAAUAGAGGAAGUCUGUGCAACUCUGCUUCUAUCACCAGCUCUGAGGAUGACAGUUUCUCUUCUUGUGAUUCUCGAGACAGUGUCCCUUCAAGCAACACUGCAAGCCAUUCAACCUCAAGAUCCCCUUCUGUGGCACAUCAACCUUCAUUCCAUUCAGCCACAAUAGCUGAGCUCCAAGGAUUAAUGAACACACUUUCACGGGAAGGGCCCUCUAUUGACAGUGAUUUUUCUCAAUUCGACACAGAAGACUCCAGUGACUGGACGUCCUCUCUGAUGAGUCAAACCCGAAACAGGCAGCCACUAGUGCUAGGAGACAAUGUCUUUGCUGAUUUAGUGGGUAACUGGCUGGACCUGCCUGAACUGGAGAGCCAUAUAUCUGGUGAGGCAGACAGUACAGGAAAGAUUGCUGAAGCAUCUCAGCAUCCGCUACGACUCAGCUGCUCUCAGGAAUUUUGUAGACGGCUCUCUCUAACCACCAGCAUUUUCAAAAAGGUCUUGCGCAGCAUUAGGCCUGACCGUGAGAAACGUCUUAAAGAAAGACCAGGAUGGUUACAGCUAGAGGAUGAGGAGGAAAGCCUCUAUAAAAGAGCCAAGAAGAAGAAUAAAGGGUCAAAACCUAAAGAUAGUGUCUAUAGACCCUUCUGGACUAGAGCUGGUGGAUCAAGAGGAAAAAGCAAACCAAAACAAGACAAUACGGAGAUCAAAAGCUCAAAAGGGCCAGGAUUUGAUUACAGCUCUGCAGUCUGGGUUUAAGCUAUUCAUAUAAGCACUGAUAAUCAGGUGUAAAAAUAGGGGGCUUAUUUAACAUAUAAGUAUGGAAUUACAGCAAGUAAUAAGAAAAAAAAUUAAGACAAUACUCAGGACUUUGACAUUUAGUAUCCAAUCAUGAACACAUCCCCAGUGUGUAACAGAGUGGGGGUUUGUUUAACUCUCUUUCCAACAACAUCAACAUUGUUGUUCUGAAGGCAAAGGUACUCAUUUGUUUUUCAGAAAACGACAGGUUCCCAAAGACCAAGCAUGUAAUUACCAUUAUUAUACAUACCUUUAACAUAGAAUCACUCAUAUACACCACAUAUUGUGCUUCCAAGUAAGAAUAAUGUAUGUAAUACUAUCAAAUUAUCUAGUUUAUAAUUCCAAAAAAAUUGAGCACAUCAAGACAUUUUUGUUAAGGUCAUGUUGGAGAAAAACAAGCUGUCUAUUCCCGAUGAGUCGAAUUAACUAAUGUCAAUCUGCUCAUUGAUUGUCUGCCUGUUUAGACAACCUUUAAGGUAGGAGUGUCCAGCUGUCAGUCACAAUCAAGUGCUGAA